AUGGCAGACAGUUCACCGACCGGUCUCCGCGGUCGCGACCAACUUUUCGCGCAGCUAGGAAAACACUACGGAUUUAAACAUCAAUAUUCCCCGGUAAAUACCCCGCAUCUGAAUGGUCAAGUGGAAAGAGUGAAUAGAACAUUCGCCGUCAUGCUCAAAACCGCAGCCGAGGACUACAGUACCCAUUGGGACCUACAUUUGUCAAAAAUGGUCUUUGUAUAUAACACAUCUCCGCAUGCUACCACCAAGGAGACCCAGUUCUUCCAAAUGCACGGAUUUGACCCAUUACUCCCAAGCGACUUUCUUCGCACCUUUUCGCGACGCCGCACAACUUAUGGUGAAACAGACGUGGCCAUGCAACAUAUUAUGACCAUGAACAACGCCUAUGAGCAAGCCGCGCUACAAACCCACCGAACCGACGAUCCGAAUGACGCCUCCGCCCCGAUACCAUCAGCCCCUUCCUCGCAGAAAAAACAAUCACAAAAAAUGAUCUAA